AUGUUCACUGCCAUUAGGAAGAAAUACCACGAGCGCCAGUCCACCCGGGAACUAGAACGGUCGCUCACACGCGGCCGUACUGAGAUUCAAUAUCGGUUUGAUCAGCACAAUCAAGAGCUUGGCCGGCGAUACGAGGACGGUGACUCGAUCGCUCGUGAGCAGAUGAAAGAUAUCAUCAUCACACUGCAGGGGGCGUUGCUGAGACACCUCCGCGAGGCGCAAGAGCAGGGAACCACUCCGGAUCUGAUGGCGUUGCAGAUAGAGUCCGACCAGGGCCGUGUUCGCACUCUUCUCGUUUUGGGAGAUUUGUACCAGCGUCUCUCGAGGCCGUUGCCUGUUCUGCCGUCUUUUUCGAUGUCCAUCGAUCCAAACUACCACAGAGUGAAUUCGUAUGGCCGUGGAUAUUCCCCUAAUGGUCCGGACAGAUACUGGCCAUCCCACACGUCGGAUAUGGGGUACCUCUCGGGUGGAUAUCCCAUCUCACCAGCCAGUUAUUCACAAGGCCAGUUCAUACCCGAGGUCGUCUGCGCCUCACCGACGGAUACACUGGGGCCAUCGAGGGUCGAGGGAGAUGAGGCUGCGAAUCCAAGACCUCGUACACGAUCAUCGGCCUUUGGGUCAGUUGUGGGUAGUAUGGGUGACUUGUUCCAUCCCCGCCCAAGUCGUUGGAGUACACCGUCGUUCCCAUCGUCAGCGCCCGAGCCCAGGUACAUCCCACAAACCGGGGUAUACAACGCAGUGUCGCCGUCGACGUUAGAGCCGAUUCCGCAAUUUGAUAUCAGACCAGCCACGCCGCGCAGACCCAAACUGCGAUCAAGCUCGAUACCCCACGAUGUUUUGUGGGGGAACCCGUGGAAGCAAGAACGCCUCACAGACUCCGACUCCGACGAUGCCAUCAGCCAUUCUGCGACCAAAGAAGAAGAAAACAACCACCUCUCGCCCAUCUCCCCAUCCACACAACCCCGCCAAGAUUCCCUAUCUGCAACCUCAACCGCCUCAACAGACUCAAUCCCGUCAAACCCGUCCACGCGAAGCAGCACAGACCGGCCAACCCAAGCAAUCCGACCCCUCUGGCCACCCAGCAAAACGAACAACUACCUGGGCUUCUGCAAAGGCGCGUGGAAAGUGCACACGGGAUUCCGGGGAUUCAAAAUCUACUCCGAACCCGGGACGGGAUAUUACACGCAACAGUCAUGGCUGCGGUGCACGAAGUGCGCAUUUGAAGCACCUAUGGCCCCCAAGAGUUCCAGCCACAACCCGCAAUUCGAGGGAAGCGUGCGUACGCACAAAGCCAGCGGCAUUCGUUAUCGGUUCGAGUUCUUGGCGAAAUCACACGUGCCUUGUAAGCGGGACCCGGCGUUGCAUUUUGCUCCUAACACUCCCCGCGGCACGUUUUGUUGUGUAUUUUGCUGUGCGAUGGCACAGGGGUCGACGCAGGUGUAUGGAAAUCUGGAUAUCUUUAUGGCGCAUCUGGCGGAACAGCAUUGGGGGGUUGAGAGGGGGACGUUGGCUGUUUUGCCUAGUAUGCGGUGUGUGGUUGGUAGGCUGGCGCCUGAUUCGGAGUAUUUUGAUGUGAAUAUUUUGCCGGCGCGCAGCUGA